AUGGCUCACGUCGAUAUGCGGAUGCUCCUUCGCGUCGUGCUGUCGUUCGCGACGGUCGCUCUCGUCAGCGCGCAGAAGAUCCGCGUCGUUGGUGCGCUCGUCGAGUGGGACAAGCCCGCCAACGGCGCCUGCGUCGACGAGUACCGCGUGGACGCUCAACCGACGGGUUGCAUCAACUGCCGCACCCUCGCGCCGCGGCCGAUCCGCGCCCAGGACUUCUCCGCCACGAUCGCACAGCUCACUCCCGGCGUCAUCUACGUCAUCCGCGUCACCGCGUGGAGCGCCGAACCCGGCACGCUGUGGCCGACCGGGGCCUCGGACCCCAGCGGUCCGCGCGGCGAGCUCGAGUACGAGGUGCAGUGCAUCCCCGUGGACGCGAGCCGCUUCGCCGCGCCGCUCACGUGGCGCCCGCGCGAGCUGAAGGUCACCGUCGCGGGCCUCACCAACUGCCAGCGCUACACGUGCAGCGUCACGGCGAUCAACGCGUGCGCGCAGUCCGACCCCGCCGUGGUCCCCCAGUUCACGCCGCGGCGGUCGUUCUUCUCGCUGUGCCCGCUCCUGUGGGGCGCGGACAACACCCCCGGGGAACUGGAGUGCGCGAGCGUGACGCGGACGAGCGCGGGCGAGCUGCUGUGCGCGCUGCCGCAGAUGAUCGGGGCGCGCGCGGAGACGCCGACGUUCGGCGAGGCGAGGGAGAGCGGGCUCGAGGCCGCGGCUCCGAUGGCGGAGGAGGGCGGUGGCAUGGGCUGA